AGGCAAAAUGAACAUCGUUGAAUUGUGUAUUCACAUUGUAGAUGUGUAGGUAGGUUUUUGUUUUAUAACAUUAAAAUGAUUUGUUUUCAUACUUAUAAUACAUGUUUUACAUUUAACACCAAAGGAUUUUUAAGCCAAAUUUAUUUGUAAGUUUAUUUCGCAUGGCAUAUCGUACUUGUCGGUCUUCAUCAGGAGUGUUAUACAUGUUUUAAUUAUUAGAGGCGACGAAGAAUGACAAGAUAAUUAAUCUGACCGUCAUAAUGACGGAAACUAACGAAGAAACACAAAUUUCGCCUUAAUUUCUACUACAUAGGUUUAACUGUAUAUUGUUCAUUUGACGGGAUCAUACUGCAGUCAUAAACAUUGUUGUGUAUAUAGUCUUAAAUAUGAUUUAUGCAUUAUAUAUACAUUUAGAAAAAAAUUAUCUACACAUUUAUCCAGGCUUUCCCACGUUUAAUUUUCGCAAGACAUCACAAAAUGUGGCAUUUUAACAAGGCUCCAUAAUCCUUUAAGUUAAAACGUGAAGCUUCAAACAAACAGAAAGAAAAGUAGUUAAUCUGAGUUUCCUCUUCACGUAAUUGCCUGUAAAUUAUCCGAAUGGACCAUUGUGUUUACAUGGGAUUACAGCCCUGGAGGUAUCGGUAACCCAUCUCAGUAAGGGCUCCAUGCGAUUAAUUCUAAAUUUAUUUUUCAAAACCUCUCGUGAUCCUUGAAACUCAAGGCCAAUCAAAAGCGCUGAAUGUGUCCUGGCAGCGCUCUGAUUGGCUGAAAGUUUAACUACCUCCAUAAAGUUCUUUCCUGGUUUCUUACUUGACUGUCAAAUUUAAACCUCCCUGUUUUUGCAUCCGAAAGAGCCGCGUCGCUUAUUCGCAGGGACGCGCGGACAUUUCUUCUAAUAGACUUAGGCACUGGGAAGAACUUUACAAGCAUGUCUUCUCCACUGGGAUCCAAAGACAGUGCCUCAUCUGACGAGGAUAUUCGAACACAGUCGACUGCAAAGGAAAGAAAAGUCCAAGUGUCAAGUCUGCCAUUCAGCGUGGAGGCGUUAAUGUCGGACCGAAAGGCUCAGAGUGAGUUUGCGGAGAAAAGCGACGGCGCGUUGUUAGGCAUCCCCAGAAGCCAGGGCUCGCUGCCGAUGUCCAGAGAUUCGUACAGUCCGGAGGGAUUUUCCAAGCACUUUGUCCCGACGUCACCCGUGAAAUCGGAGGCAUCAGAGCAUGAAGACUGUGCACCUUGGGUGACAAACUCGGGCUUUUCUCCGCCACCCCGCCAGCUGAGUCCCAGCACCUGUCCCCUGAGGAAGCACAAGACCAACCGCAAGCCACGGACCCCCUUCACUACCUCACAGCUGUUGGCCCUCGAACGCAAGUUCAGGCAGAAGCAGUACCUCUCCAUCGCUGAGCGGGCUGAGUUCUCCAGCUCCCUCAACCUGACCGAGACCCAGGUGAAGAUCUGGUUUCAGAACCGGCGAGCAAAAGCCAAAAGAUUGCAGGAGGCAGAGCUGGAGAAGCUGAAGAUGGCAGCCAAACCUGUGCUGCACCCCAGCUUCACGUUACCCUUCCACCUGAACGCUCCGCUCCAGACGGCCGCCUCCCUCUACGGACAGUCAUACCCUUUCCACCGACCCAUGCUGCCCGUCUCGCCAGUCGGACUAUACACCACUCCCAUCGGCUACAGCAUGUACCACUUUUCAUGAAGCAGACUCACAUCCGAGGGGUGCCACGGAACGUUUGGAUUCUAGAGCGCCUCUGUUGUCCCUCUGGGACAUCAUCCCUCUGGGACAUCAUCCCUCUGGGACAUCAUCCCUCUGGGAUGUCCCUUUAAGAUGGUCUUCAUGUUUUUUUGUGCAUGAUAUAAAUACAAAAUGUAGAAGAUGGGUACAGCCAAAGCAAGCUGGUGUUCCACAAGCUCUGAUCUGUGCUGUUUUUCAUAUACCAGUUACCUACUUGUCAAGAAAUACAGGUCUGCCGCUGAGGGCUGUACCUUCACUCACUCGGCAGGGGAGCUGCAGUGGCUGCCUUCGUGUUGCAGAUACCUGUCUGCUUACAAAAGCUACACAUUUAGACUUUAUGGAUUUUGUGCGACCUGGAGGAUUAAUGACUGACAUUUGGUUAUGUGGCGGCCAGCGUAUUGACUUUUACUUUAUAUAGCUACUUUUUUUGUUUAAGCCUGUCAGAAUCGUAGUAUACAAAACUUAUUAUUUGCACUUUUACAUGGGUUUGUAGGUGUAAAGUAAUGGAGCUCAGCCUUGUGACCCAUGGGUGGGCGUCUCUGCUCCACACACGUCACAGAAAUCGGUAGAUCUCAACGGCACCAUGUGAUUGAUUAAUUUGAAGCAUCUGGCAAAGUAUAUCCUGUUUCUGCGACAGAGACCGCCUAGCCGACAGGGAUGGUACUGAUAGUAUUUACAGGACACUGACUUUGGUUUCCUGCUUAUUUCCUGUCACACAGGUGACACAGUUAGAGGUAAAUUCGGCUUAGUCUUGUACACCAGCAUGAGGCAGCCACUGAUCCAUUGUCAGCACUUAAUAUUUUUCAUACUCAUCCAGUCAUACUGAUAAAAAUGUCAAUUGAGUACAUGUUUGUAUUUAUGGAAAUGCAGCUUAAACAUGAACAUAAAUAGAAUCACGAGUUAUCAGAUCAUAUGUAGUCUUGAAAUCCUUUGAAAGGAACAAUGUUGUACAGUUUUAUAGAUAAUAUUGAAGAAUCAUCUAUUUCUUGUUUGAUAUUAAAUUAAAAUGUUUUUUAACCUUG